AUUGAUAAUCUUACACUAAGUAGUGCAUAUCUGGCACGCCAACAUUCGCAUUCGUGGCAUUUCUGAUACUUAAUCCUGGAUCACAAAUCAAGGCGUCGAACAAGACAACAUUCUCACCCCGCAUACAGCAAUACUACUAGCAUGAAUAUCGGUCUUGGUCUUGCGUUAGAUGCCUUUGACUCCUUCAACGCGUCUUGCGCAUCUGCCCCUCCAUCAGGGGCAUGCACCGCCGUUUCCCCUAUAGACAGCGAGGGACGGGUAACGGGAAAGCGUAAAUGGUGCUCGUCUUCCCAAAACGUAAUGUACAGCAGUCGCCAAUCACAGUAUAAACGCGAAUUGCAACCCAAUCACACUUACGACCGAGCUCUGCCUAGUGGUCCAAGCAGUAAUUCACGGCGUAAGAAAGUGCGUCGCCUGCAGCAACAGCAACAGGCAAACGCGUCUAUCCAGUGCACAGAGUCGUCUGCUGCCCAAUACAAGUUCGAUUCUGCAGCAAAACGACAAGAAUACACAAAAAGGAAGACGAACGGCGCGCAUAUACCCGCAUCGUGCUCGUCUUCUCUAUCUACCAAUACCAAUGUAAGCAAAGGUAUUGAUGGUCUUCGUCUUCCCACCUCGUCAGCAAUGUUUCCUGUUACUACGCUGGAUUCGAUAACUCCAGAGAGCAUAGCUUCUUUAUUGGAAGCGCUCAAAUCUGCUCAGAUUUCAACUCACCAGCAUUCUCAAUCAACCGAAGGGUACGGCAUGUCAUAUUUAUCAGCAUUUCCACCUACUCCAGUUUCAUCUCUGCCAUUCCCUUGUUCCCUUCCUCCCGCUACGCCUCCCUCACAUAAACCUACUCAUCCGGUCCCAGACAUCGCAUCGCAUGGCCCCCUAACUUCUGACACUUCCCCUGAUUCCUCCGUAAUUCAAUCUUCAUCGCCAGAACUGCAUCUUAUUUAUCAUGGAGUUCCUCUUACGUAUCCUCUUCGUACUCUUCCCGACGAUCCAACUGUCCCACUUAUUCUUCUCAGUGUUACGCACGCUGACCCGGGUGCUUAUUUUCUUGUAGGAGCUUGCUACAGGCGGACGGGUAGAUCCCGUGCUGCGAGGUCAAUAGUGAAGGCAUUAAUAGAAGCUAAUAGAGCGGACGGAAACACUGAAAGUAGCCUUCGUCCCGCGAUGCUUCUCCUUGCUGCAUGCGAGCAUGAUCUUGCUAGGUCAGCUGUAUCUACCCCCGAACACGAUACACAUGAGAACGCCGCGAAGGAGCUUCUUCGCGCUGUAUACGGUGCAGGUGUUGAUAAUGCCAAGGGCAUCCCUCCGGGACGCGACGCUGUAAACACCAAUGCUCUUGGAUUGUAUUUUCGCGAGGAAGACCCUAAUUUUUCUGCCCAUGGACCCCAUUGCACUAGUGCGCUACGUACCACAUCACUUUCAUCUUCCCCUUCGAACUCCAUCUACUUUCCUCUUCCCUCCAAUCUAAUAUCCACUCCCGGGACCCGACUACUUGCUCCUCUCACUUCCUCUGCCGGUACACGUAUCCAAGAGUUGGAGCAGGUGAUUUACAAGCUCAUCUCCGAGAAACAAGAUGCGGAAAAACGGGCGGAUGAGGCUGAAAGAAGAGCCCAUGACUCAGAGGGAAGGUUAGCAAACAAUGGGAUAGUGCCCACAGACACAAAGUAUCAUUUGACAGGAUCAGGGAGUAAGCUCCGGGUGGCAGGGAUGCAAGCACAGACAGAUCAAAAUACCUGGGGAGUUCAUCAAGAUAGGAACACCGCAAUGGGCACGUGGCAUUAA